AUGAAACCUCUAGAAGCAGCUAGGCGUAUUUUAGGGAUAGAUAUCACUAGAGAUAGAAAAAGGGGUACUUUGUCUCUGUCCCAAUCUGGCUAUUUAAAGAAAGUAAUAAGCCUCUUUGAUAUGGAAGGCUGCAAACCUGUUUCAACCCCCAUACCUCCUCAUUUUAAGCUCCAAGCUGUAAAAGGAAACUUACCUAAAGAAGAAGCUGACUACAUGAAGAAGGUUCCCUACUCCAAUGCAGUGGGAAGCCUUAUGUAUGCCAUGAUAAGUACCAGGCCUGAUAUAGCCUAUGGGGUUAGCCUAGUAAGUAGAUUCAUGUGCAAUCCAUCUAAGGAACAUUGGUCAGCUGUUAAGUGGGUCCUUAGGUAUUUAAAGGGGUCAGUGAAUAAGGGUUUAGUUUUUGGAUCAAAUGCUGAAAAUUCCAGCAGCAUUAAGGGUUUCUGUGAUUCUGAUUUUGCAGCUGAUUUGGAUAAGAGAAGAUCCUUAUCAGGAUAUGUUUUCACUUUGGGUGGAAACUUGAUAAGUUGGAAAGCAAAUCUCCAACACAUAGUGGCAUUAUCAACCACUGAGGCAGAAUAUGUAGCAUUAACAGAAGCUAUGAAAGAAGCCAUCUAG